AAUCACAAAUCCACAUAAAUUUAUAUAGAUAGGCAGGGGUCGCGAUAAGCUGGUUAUUUUUAUUCAGUGUAUUUUGUUGUUGCUCACAUAAGUACAUACGCACAUAACCCGAUAAUCAGUGCCCCGUGAAUACCCUAAAUUUGUUUGUUCGUUGUAUUGUUUUAUUUCAAAACACCAUCCUCUUAACAAACGACAAACAUCGGGAAAUAGUGCUGCUUAAACUCAAUUAUUUUGAAUUUGUGCGUAUACAACUAAUUGCCAGACAAUUAGUGAGUUACAGACACCACGGCGUUACAGUAAAUUCAAAUUUACUUUUAUAUUACAAUAUGUAAUAUAGUAUACGUUAUACCGAAUGUCAUAUGUGGGAAAAGUUUACAUCUUAUGUAUAUUAACACAAAUAUUUUCUAUAAAAUGGGAAUUUAUUGCUUUUAAAAAAUUAUUUACUGUAUUAUUCAAAUACGAGAAUUUAAAGCAGGCAACACCACAAACAGCUGUUUUCUCAAAACAAAUAAAAAUAUUUGAUUACUUCAUGUGUGAAUUGAAUUGAGUAUAAGUUGUGUAAGCAUUUUUCAAAUCAGUUUUAGGAAUUCAAACGAAAUUAACCAUGGCGCCAACGACAUAUUUAAAUCAACUCAAUACUGCAGAAAAGAUGAGUGAGCCUUGGCCUAAUAAUGCUAUAUUAUAUCAACCGUAUGAGGCUGAACAGAUCCUUCUUCAUGAACACGCGAGCUGUUUAGCAGUAAAAGCAUAUUUAAAAAUGUGCAACUUACCAUUUGAGAUUUGUUCGAGAGCUAAUGCAGAAUUUAUGUCCCCGGGAGGGCGCAUGACAAAGUUACCCGUGUUACGUGCGGGACAAUUCAUUUUGGCUGAAUUUGAACCAAUCGUUAAUUUUGUGGAACAUAAAAAUGCUGGUGUCGGACAACGACUAAAUGAUGAUGAUAAGAUUGAUAUGCGCACAUAUGUCUCAUUAGCAGAAAAUAUAUUUACAAUGGCUGAGUUGUAUAUAAGUUUUGUUAACGACAAGGUCUAUAAUGAGGUGACGGCACCACGUAAUGGCUGCGUUUAUCCUUGGCCCCUGAGUGUAAUACAAAACAUCUCUAAGAGAAAACAGGCUUUACGUCUAUUAAAAGUGUAUCAAUGGAGCGGUCUAACAAUCGAAGAAGUCAUUGAUAAAGUAGAAAAAUGCUGCGAAAAUUUAACAAUAAAACUGGAAGAGUUUGAAGGUGAUUACUUUUAUCCUGAUGGACCAUGUGAUUUAGACGCUAUAGUUUUUGGACAUCUUUAUACUAUGCUAACAAUACAAUUACCUAAUAUGGCGUUGGCGCAUACAGUUCAAAAAUUCAAGAACUUAGUUAAAUUUUGUCAGUUAAUAGAUUUAAAAUAUUUUCAAACAAAGUCAGCAUAAAUAUUAUUAAGUAAGAACCAAUCAUUUUAAAAUCAAAACAAAUAGUCAACAUUUUGUGUAUUAAUGUAUAUAUUUUAACAUUCAUGCAUUUCUAAACACCAGACAAGAUAAUUCAAUAUUAAAAUACUGUUUUUCUAAUGUAAUUUAAUUCAAUGUAAAAAUUAUUUCUAUAUUUUUGAAUACUGUAAUAAUAGAGCGAUAAAUGAUGCGAAUAUAAUUCGUUAUAAAAUAAAAUAAAAGUAAUAGAAAAGCAAUAG